UUCUAUCAAAUGCUUUUGGGAGGAACUGUAAAACCACUAUGCUCUUCACCCUAUCCCCAGCCGAUAUCAACUAUGAGGAAAGUUUAAGUAUUUUGAGAUAUGCCAAUAGAGCAAAGAUGGUCCAGAACAAGCCCACUAUGAAUAUCAUUGUGAAAGAUAAAAUAGUUGAGCAACUUAAAAAUGAAAAUGAUAGACUUAAGAGAUUUAUCAUGACUCUCAUCAACUAAAAGAGUCCUGGCUCAAAAUAACACAAGCUUAUUUGAAAGCAUUGAAGCCUUAAAAACUGACAAUAUAUCUGAAACUAACAACUCAGUUGAAGAAAGUAAGGAGAACCACAAAGUGGAGGACACAUAUCAGCAUAUUUCGUGUAUUGAUAAGGUAGAAGAAAAUAAAUCUCAAAAAUAAACAAAAGAUCACAAGGGUCUUCCUCCUCGUUUGAUUAAUCUCAAUACAAACCCUUAACUUUCAAAACUGCUGUAUUACAGUCUUUUAGACUCACCCAUUCUGGUUGGAAGAACAACUGGGGUCCCUAAGCCUCGUAUUUUGAUAAACGAAAUGGAGAUCUUUCCUAACCACUGAGUUUUUGAAAAGGACCCAAAAGAACCCUCAAAAUAGAGAAACUAUCCUGAAGAUCUUCCAAAGUUCUUCUUAAGACCUUGCGCUAAGGAAGCAUGCAACACAAUCUGGGUAAAUGGAGAGACUCUCCCGGUCGAAGGAACUCAGCUAGGUCAUAACGAUAGAAUAUUUAUUGGAGCGUCUACAUUGUUCCUCUUCAAAUUUCCUGAACUAGAAGUCCUCAAAUACAGCAAGGAGGUUCCAAAUGAAGUCACUUGGGAGUUUGCUAUGAAAGAAAAGUUGUCUAAAGCUAUAACUUCUAACAAAGCUAUUGAAGAGCUUGCUUCUAAAACCCGCACAAUGAGUAGCCGGACUGAUUUGACUGAUCUCUCUAAGGUCACGAAGAAUAAGAAGAUGAAUAGUAUGAUAAAAAAGCUUGAAGAGUAAAUCUUAAUUGCAGAAAGACAGAAUAAGCCAUAUUCAGAAAUAGAGCAGAUUGUCUUAGGCCGAAUUGAAUCCAUCAAGAAUGAAAUGGGGUCUGAGUAAGCCAAAUAUAGAAAGACUAACCAGUAGUAAAUUGUUGAUUCUUCUUUACAUUUGCUGUGCAUAAAAUGUAGUCUCCAAUCCAAUUUAAUAAUUUUGCUGCAAUAUUAAGAGACCUUUUCCAUUUU